GCGGCCGCGUCCUUCUGCAUACAUCCAUCCAAUGCUCUCCCUCCCUUCCCGCGCCGCCCGCUCGCUCGCCGCCCGCUCGAGCGCGAGGUGGCUGGCCACCGCCGCCGCUGCGCCGCCGCUCUCGGCGGACGCGCAGGAGGUCGCCGCGCUCGUCGCGCGCUCGCGCGCGGCGCAGGCGCAGAUCGCAGACUACAGCCAGCAGCAGGUCGACGACCUCAUCACGGCGAUGGUGUGGUCCAUCGCGCAGGAGGACGUUGCGAAGCGGAUCGCGCAGCACACCGUCGACGAGACGCAGCUCGGCAAUUACGACGGAAAGUACCUCAAGAUCUUUCGCAAGACCCGCGCCGCGCUGAUGGACAUCAUCGACGACAAGUCGGUCGGCGUGAUCGAGGAGCUGCCCGAGCGCGGCGUGGUCAAGAUCGCCAAGCCGGUCGGAGUGAUCGGCGCGCUGUCGCCCUCGACCAACCCGGAGGCCACCCCGGUCAUCAAGUCCAUCGCCGCCGUCAAGGGCCGCAACUCCAUCAUCAUCGCGCCGCACCCGCGGGCGCAAAAGACCAACGCGCUCAUCGUGGAGCUGAUGCGCGGCGCGCUGGUGCGGAUGGGAGCGCCGGCCGACCUGGUCAUCGGCAUCGACAACCCGUCGGUCGCCAAGACCAACGACCUCAUGCAGCAGGCGGACCGGGUGCUCGCGACGGGCGGCGGCGCGAUGGUCAAGGCGGCCUACUCGAGCGGCACUCCCGCGCUGGGCGUCGGGGCGGGCAACGCGGUGGUGACGGUGGACGAGAGCGCCGACCUGGACGACGCGGCGGACAAGAUCGCGCUGAGCAAGACGCUCGACCUCGCCGCCUCCUGCUCGUCGGACAACUCGGUCGUGCUGGUGGGCAGCACGUACGAGCCGAUGAUCGCGAAGCUGCAGGCGCGCGGCGGCGUCGUGCUGCGCGGCGCGGAGAAGGCCAAGCUGCAGGCCGCCCUCUGGAAGGACGGCCACCUCAACUCGAAGCUGGUUGCGCAGAGCGCCGACAACAUCGCGCGCAUCGCGGGCUUCGAGGUGCCCGACGGCGCGCGCUUCUUCAUCGUGCCCGAGGACGGGUACGGGCCGGCGCACCCCUUUAGCGGCGAGAAGAUGACGGUGACGAUGGCGCUCUACCACGCGCCCGACAUGGACGCCGCCAUCGCCCUCACCAACGGCAUCCAGGCGUACCAGGGGCAGGGCCACUCGUGCGGCAUCUACUCGACCAACGACGAGCACAUCCUGAGGCUCGCGCUCGAGACGAAGACGAGCCGCGUGCUCGUCAACCAGCCGCAGGCCGCCUCCAACUCGGGCAACCUGUGGAACGGCCUGCGGCAGACCUUCUCGCUCGGCUGCGGCUCGUGGGGAGGCACCUCCAUCUCGCACAACAUCACGUGGCAGGACCUGGUCAACACGACGUACCUCUCCCGCCCCCUGGCCGUGCCGAAGGAGCUCACCGCCGACGAGGACCUCUUUGGCCGCGUCAAGGACAAGUUUGGCAUAGAGCAGACCUCCGAGCGGCUGAUUGCGGCGGCGGCGCCUGCCCGCUGAAGGCAGCCGCUAAGUUCCUACUACUACUCUCUCUUUCUCUCUCUCCUCACUUGCACUUGCGGGCUCUGGGCUUUGCAGGCCUGAGCCUCCCCCCGGCGUGCCGCUGCCUCGCGCGUGCCGGUGGCCGCCCAGACGCCAGAGCCGGACGCUGCUCUGUGCUCUCGCCCCAGGGCCAGGCGCCCCGCACCCGCGUACGGGUACUACGCUCCGACCCUGUGGAGUCCUGAUAAUUUAUCUUCAUGAACAUUUCGAAACACGAAACAGAA